AUGAUCAAGAAUGAACAGUUCCAUGUGGUGAAAGAGGAGAAGACCUGGACAGAUGCCCAGCAGUACUGCAGAGAGAAGUUCACUGACCUGGCCACCAUACACAACUUGACAGACAUGGAGGAGAUCAAGAGAGUGAUCAAAGAUGCAGGUAUUGGGAUUGAGUGGGGGGUUUGGAUCGGGCUGAAGAAUGGAGAGUGGCAGUGGUCUCUGGCUGAUGAGGCUAAGUUCCGGAACUGGGAUACAGAUGAUGAACAGCCCGAUGGCAGAGAAGGGCUAAACUCCACACAGCCCUAUGUGCUGGUUGAAGAGGAGAAGACCUGGCCAGAUGCUCAGAGAUACUGCAGAGACCACUACACAGACCUGGCCAGCGUGAGGAACCAGGCAGAGAACGACAACAUCACAGGUCUACUUACAGGAGGAAAUGACGAUGCAUGGAUUGGUCUGUUCAGAAAUGCCUGGGAGUGGUCAGAUGGCAGCAGCUCCUCAUUUCACCACUGGAAUUCUGAGGAACCCAACAAUGACUACAGUGUGAAUGGGCUCUGUGUGGAAAUGUGGCCCUCUGGUUGGAAUGAUGUAUCCUGUCAUCAUCCUAAAUACUUUGUCUGCUAUGAAGACAAGCUGGUCCUGGUUCCUGAGAACAAGACCUGGAUGGAGGCUCUGCAGUACUGCAGACAGCACCAUGUGGACCUGGUGUCUGUGACCUCUGCGAAGACCCAGCGCUGGGUGGAGGGGUGGGCCAAAGGAGCCUCAUCUCAACAGGUGUGGCUGGGCCUGCGCUACUACCGCAGCCUUGGCUUCUGGUUCUGGAUCAAUGGAUACUCUGUCUGCUAUGACAACUUCGCCUCCAGUGGAGACAGAAUGCCGAGCUGUGACAUCGCUGUGGCAGCAGUCGGAAGAGAGACGGGCCAGUGGGAGACGUACUGCAGUGGAGACUACCGGAGGCAGGAGAGGGCGUCCAGAAGGUUUAACCAAUCAGGAGAGGGCGUCCAGAAGGUUUAA